ACUUUAUGCGCUGCCCCGGCUUGGUAAGUACUCACUCAUGUAUCUUGUUACGACAAAGCACUAACCUCUUUUGACAGAAAUUCACCGAAGAAGACUUCAAGAAUGAUCCUUUCUACAACACGCCACUUCCAAAGCCAUUCGCCUCCCUCAGAAGGGUACUAAGCCUGCGUCGCAGAAACCGCAGGAGUACCCAGUGAGUGAAUUCGACUUCUCCAUCUCCGAAGGUUAUUUAAGGGAUAUAUAAAGGGUUAAGAUUGAUAAAUAGGGCUAGGAUGUCAGGGAUUUGACAACACAAUAUGAUACCUCAUGUUUUGUUAUGUACUUCAGCAUCAUGCUGACCACGGAAUGGGCUGAUAUAUGGGUUUGUUCGGAGUUUUGGGCAUGGAGUGAUGGAUUGAUUAUCUUUCAUGUUGUUCGGCUUUCUGUAAUUAUAAAUGUCCGUCAAGAUCUCAACGUGCUUCCUCCUAUCCCCGUUGAACUUGAUCAUGGUCAUGAUUGGGCAUGUUUAAUGUUGUCCGAAUCUACUCCUGUACCCACUGCCCAUCAGAGAACCAACUGGACUUUCCUUGCCUCUCGGAUGCAACAUCACAAGUCCGAUCGAGUGCAAUCGAAUCAACUUACUUCUACCUCUCGGAUAUGACAAUGAAUCCGAUAGAGGGACACUUUACGAAAAA